AUGAAGCUGACACACACUGCUCUAGUUGCGCAGACGGUGCUAGGUUUGGCUUCGGCUAACGACAAACUCAAGCCAUGGACAUAUGCUCCCCUGCCCGUUGGACAUGUCAAACCUGCUGGAUGGCUUCUAGGCGAAAUGCAAGCCAUGGCCACUGGUCUUCCCGGCCAUGAGCAUGACUUUUAUAGAUUUGUGAACGAGUCGUCAUGGCUCCACAAACCGGGCAGCGGCGGCUCCGAAUACAGCAGCCUGAAUGAGGCUUUACCAUAUUGGUUCAAUGGCCUGGUUCCGACUGCGUACCUUCUGGGUGAUAGCAGACUCAAGCGCCAGGUGCACCAUGUUGCCGCCCAGGUGCUCAGCUUCCAGGCCGAUGAUGGCUGGAUCGGUCCCGAGACGGGUGACAACCGCAACUUUUGGGCGCGCACACCCUUUUUUCUCGGUCUCAUUCAGCUCGCUGAGGCAGACAAGCAAUGGGAGCAACGCAUUGUCGCCGCUCUGCAAAAGUUCUUCCAGCUCGCAAACAAGAUGCUGCGCAAUGACAGCCAGGGCUUCACUCGCUGCACCAAAGACGUCGACUGUGACUGGGGCCAGGUCCGCGUUGCAGACAUGAUCAUCACCAUACAGUGGCUGCUGGAGAACCAUGCCUCCAAGAACGACAACCAGCUCUGGGACACUAUGAACCUGUUUUACGACCAGACAAAUUACAAGUGGGAUGCUUGGUACGAUCCUGCCACCUAUCGCAAAGUUGUCGACCCCAGCGAUAAAACCAUUACGCCGUACAUCCACGGUGUCAACGUUGGACAAGGCAAGUUGAUGCCGGGAGCAUCUACAAACCCGAUGGCUAACAAGAUGUUUCUAGGCCUCAAAGCAUCUAGUGUCAUGUGGCGAUUCAAGGGCCAUGAUUACUACCGCGAGCGAAGCAAGAAUGCUGUUGAUCUGACCUUUACCUACCACGGCAGCGCGUCCGGUACCAUUCUCGCAGACGAGUGGCAGCGUGACGACUCGCAAUACAUUGGAAGUGAACUUUGCACUGCUGUCGAGACUAGCUACUCCCUUGCCUACAUGUAUCAAGUUCUCGGAGACAACAACUUUGCAGACCGCGCCGAGACUACGCUUUUCAACGCCAUGCCUGUCAUGAUGACUGGCGACAAGUGGGCUCAUCAGUACAUGUCCUCGCCCAACAUGCCUUUUGCCGUCAGCACCAUUCAGCCAGACGGCAGCGUGCCACCGGUGUUCACUACGGCCAAUAGUGGCGUCGCUACCACGUACGGCCUGGAGCCUUUGUACCCAUGCUGCACGGUCAACCAUCCCCAAGGCUAUCCCAAAUUUGUCACGCACAGUUGGGUCUUGGUUGGCAACAAGGGUCUCGGUCAUGCUCUUCUCGGUCCUACAAAUGUCCAGACCAAGGUCAAUGGUGGCGACGUGUUAAUCAACUGCACAACCAACUAUCCAUUCACCAACACGCUGACGUACGAAGUUUAUGCUACCAAAAGAUUUGACUUGUACCUCCGCAUACCCGAGUGGAUCAAUCUACAGGUGUCAACGAUUUCAAUGGCGAGUACUGAGGAUCACAAGACUUUGGAGACUUCUACCACUCUCGAAGCAAGCAAUGGCAAAGGCAUGAAGAAAGUCUCCAUCUCCAAAGGAAGCACGACGAUUAGCUAUAGCCUCGGCAUGGGCCCACGAGUGGUAAGACUUGCCGACAAGACCGUCGCCAUCUUCUACGGCAAUCUGCUUUACGCGCUCGAUGUUGGCUACAACAAGACGACGAGCCUCCCUCACUCGUACAAUGACCCUCGGGGCCCUGGUCUCGACGGACUGCCUUUUAAAGAACUGCGCGACGAAUUCGUCACCAGCACCAAGGAGUGGAACGUUGCGAUUGAUCCGUCAACUAUCAGAUACAAUGGUAUCGGCGACGACGACGAAAUGGCCGACCCCAUCUUUGAGCACAAUGCGCCGGCCAAUUUCAUGACGGUCGACGGUUGCCAAAUAAAGUGGGAUUUGAAAAUGGGUGUCACUCCUGAUCGAGUACCAACUGACCGGACCUGCAUCAGCGAGAGGAAGACAUAUCGACUAAUUCCGUACGGAGCGGCCAAGGUGCACAUGUCUCAUUUGCCAACGGUGAGGUUGUAG